GAAGCGGAAGUGAGGGAGAAAAACAGGAAGGCUCCGCUGUUCGCAUGCGCAGGCUAUAGUGUUUACUUCCGCUUGACCUGGCCCGGACGCCAGAAAAUGUUCCACGUGGGAUACCCUGCAUGGGGUUCACUGUAGUAGCUACACUUGGUAAUUCUUGGAGCGGGUCUGAGAGACAAGGACAUGUGGAUCCCAGUGGCCGGGCUUCCUCGGCGGCUGAGGCUCUCCGCCUUGGCGGGCGCUGGUCGCUUUUGCAUUUUAGGGUCUGAAGCGGCGACGCGAAAGCACUUACCGGCGAGGAACCGCCGUGGCCUGUCUGACUCCUCUCCGGAGCUGUGGCCCGAACCGGAUUUCAGGAAUCCGCCAAAGAAGGCGUCUAAGUCCAAGUUAGACUUUAAGCGUUACGUAACCGAUCGGAGAUUGGCUGAGACCCUGGCGCAAAUCGUAUGGGGAAAACCAAAUAGACCUCCACACCUACUGCUGGAGUGCAAUCCAGGUCCUGGAAUCCUGACUCAGGCAUUACUUGAAGCUGGUGCCAAAGUGGUUGCCCUCGAAAGUGACAAAACUUUUAUUCCACAUUUGGAGUCCUUAGGAAGAAAUCUGGAUGGAAAACUACGAGUGAUUCACUGUGACUUCUUUAAAAUAGAUCCUAGAAGUGGUGGAUUAAUAAAACCACCCGCCAUGUCUUCUCGAGGGCUCUUUAAGAAUUUGGGAAUAGAAGCAGUUCCUUGGACAGCAGACAUCCCUUUGAAAGUAAUUGGAAUGUUCCCAAGUAGAGGUGAGAAAAGGGCACUUUGGAAACUCGCAUAUGACUUGUAUUCCUGUACUUCUAUAUAUAAAUUUGGACGAAUAGAAGUAAAUAUGUUUAUUGGUGAAAAAGAAUUCCAGAAACUAAUGGCAGAUCCCCGAAAUCCAGACUUGUAUCAUGUAUUAAGUGUUAUCUGGCAAGUAGCUUGUGAGAUUAAGGUUCUGCACAUGGAGCCUUGGUCAUCAUUUGAUGUAUACACCCGAAAAGGGCGGCUGGAAAACCCAAAGCGUAGGGAAUUAUUAGACCUAUUACAACAAAAGCUAUAUCUUAUUCAAAUGACUCCUCGUCAAAAUUUAUUUGCCAAGAGCUUAACACCUAUGAACUAUAACAUAUUUUUUCACUUGUUAAAGCACUGUUUUGGGAGGCGCAGUGCCACUGUGAUAGACCACUUACGUUCAUUGACUCCACUUGAUGCGAGGGAUAUCUUGAUGCAAAUAGGAAAAAAGGAAGAUGAGAAAGUAGUUAACAUGUACCCUCAAGACUUCAAAACACUUUUUGAAACUAUAGAGUGUUCCAAAGAUUGUGCUUAUAAAUGGCUAUAUGAUGAAACCCUGGAAGAUAGGUAGCAACCAGACUGUCGUUUUUGGUGGGGCGGUUUAUUUAUUUGGAAACUGACAUGAAAACCAAAUGUGAAAGCUCACAUCCUCUCAGCGGAAGGUAACUGUUCUUGUUUUGCACAAGCCAGGCAGAUCGUUUCUCCUAAGUUGAUAUCAUUGGCUUAUUGGAUGAAACAGUGGCUGCUAUUUUAUUCACAAUGGAAUAAAAUGAAAACUCAAUUAAUUGUGGAUUUGAUAAGAUGGAAUUCGUUUUGUUUCAGAUUCCUAUUUAAAUAUUUCACUUUUACUGCUGCUGAUUUUUGCAUCAUCUUGAAGAGCAAGAGUCUGUACAUUACUAAGCUUAGAAAGUAAGCAAAACCAAUGUACUGAUUUGCCUUUCAGUUCAUUGAAAUGUAUCGUCAAGUACUGUACAAUGAAAUUGUUUAAAUUUUAAUAUGAUUUAAGCUUUUUUAGAAAUUAAAAUAUUUUAAAUAA